GUUGUCUUGCGCAUCAGAUCCGAUGCUCUCAUGGCGUAAGUGCAAAUCCCAGCUCGCUCGACCAAAGUUUUGGCUCCCGCGCCGCCCCGGGACGAUGAUUUAGCCUUGAUGGCCGCUCGCAGGACGCCUUGUGACGCCAGGACACGACGAUGUCAAGUUCAUUUGUCAAGGAUUGUUCGGAUGUAUCAGCCCCAGGAAACGCAAACUCUGGCAAGACAGUCAUCAUUAUUGUCAAUAAUGAAACGGGAAAUGUUUCCCUGGAUGGAGAUGAGCUUCAGAACUUGUUAGCUAGCCAUGGAGCAGAUGGUUCUCAGGUUAGUGUAGUGCGCAUGGGCAGUGGUGGCGUAGGCAAUCUGACAGAAGCAAAUCUUACCGCCCCCUUGCCUGCCACUGGCGACGGAACUACACAUGUCAACCUCACAGUGGAAGGAUAUCCACCUCUACCGCUUGAAGCAGGACAAGCAGGAAACUCGGGAAAUUAUGCAGAGUUACCCUUGGAUGCAGAUGCUUUUAACAGAUUAGAGAGUGUCCUGCAGAGUGAAGAGGCUCGCAAGAUUUUAGGGGAACCUUUGAUAGACAUGGUCACACAUCCUGAUCAGUUAGGAACACUUGAUCAACUCAUGGAUUCCUCAUUCUUUGAAGGGGGAGACUCGGAGGAUGCAAACCUCUCAGUGGAAGGAGUUUCCCCGGAGGCAGCAGGAUCUCCACAGAAGCAGGUCCAGUCCCCUCCUAAGCGCAGGUCACAAAGGCAGAUGGACAAGGCCGAGAAGGAAGAGGUGGUGAAAAUAUUAGCUGAGAAUCAGAAGAAAAUGCAGGAAGAGAAGCAAAAGUUGAAUGAAAAGCAAAUGCUCUCUCAGAUGAACAGAUUGCCUGCAGUGGUCUCAGAGUCAGAAAAGAAUGCAGAAGAAACUGCUUCAGCCUCACUUGUGGACAGUAUAGAAAGCAGAGAGGAAGACGUAGAGACAGAAGCUGGUGUUAAGGGAGGAGGCCGCAAGGAAAUGGCUGAGAAGGAAGGGGAAACUGUGGCUCGGGGCAGGGGGAGGGGCCGUGGAAGGGGAAGGGGAAGGGGUAGGGGCAGAGGCAAGACCGAAAAGUCUCAGGAAAUGAAAGGUAGAGGAAGGGGGAGGAGAAAAGUUGAGGUAGAUGCAACAGAAACUGUUGGGGCAGGGAGUGAUGAAGAGAAAAGUGACAGGAGAGAAGAUGCUACUACCCCUGGAAGAAGUAGAGGGAGGGGGAGAGGAAGAGGAAGGGGAAAAGGAUCAAAUAGCAAGGAAGACCAGUCUAGUGUAGGAAAAGGGAAUACAGAAAAUGCUGAAGAAAACAUUAUGCCUUUUCCAUCAGGUUUGAAGAUGAGGCAGCUGACUGUGAACGUUGAAAGAGUGGACUUGGAAGCAGGCCUAAAGCAAGCCGAUUCCACAACAGCAGUCAAGGAGGAAUUUGCAGAUGCAGAUGAUGAUCAGUCUCCAGGGAAAAUUAGUGAAACCAGUGACAGUGAGGGACUCUUGACAGUACAGAAUGCCUCUAAAAGCUCCCUAGCUGAAGGGCAGGAAAUAGCUGCAGGGUCCAAUAGAAUGAGAGAGGAAGGAUUGGGAGGUGAAGGAAAGAAAAAGGCUCUGAAAAAGGAAUCCAUAACUCAGAAACCGAUCCCUCAGUUUGAACCGGCCUUGUUCUCCACCCCUGAUGUAAUGCAGAAAAUUGGGGAGGUGAAUUCUAGUCAUUCUGUGAUGGUGAAGGGAAGUGCAAAAGCAAUCAAGCCUCAAAAAAUCCUUGUGCUUAAGAAAGAGGUAAAACAAGAGGACAGUCAAGCUUUAAAGAGCACAGGUGAAGGGGAAGGGAGUGAAAGUGAUUUGUGCAAAGAGGAAAAGGUUUGCAUUGCAGAAAAUGACAGCAAACCAUUGGAGGAGAGUGUGCUGAAAGACCAGGGUAUGGAACUUAAGGGAGGGGAAGUGCCUAAAAUGCCACUGGACACAUUGAAUUCAGAUCCAAGUACAGAUAGUGCUGGGGACAAGCGAGUUAGUGAAAACAGGCAUAAAGUCAUUCAGGUAAAGAGUCCCAAAGGAUUCCGCCAAGUGGUGGUGCUGAACUCGGCCAAGGCGGGCAUGUACAGGGAACCCCUCAUCAAGGUCAUUCCCCCAAAGGACCCACCCCGUGAGGAGGAGAAAAUUACUCCAGGGAAGCAGCGGGCAGCCCUGAAGAAAGAGAAAGUGCACAAGAAAGAGGAAGACAUUCAGAAGAGCACAAAUGACAAGUGGGAGAAUGGAGGGCUGAAGGCAGCAGGCAGAAUUGAGGCUCAGUUGAAAAGGGCUGAUUCUUUCAAAAGACUGGAAGAUGUAGGAUUAAUGAAGAAAAAGGAAGAAUCACAAAGGAAGAUUGAGGAAAUUCAGAAGAAACGGGAAGAGAUGAUGAAGAAGAGAGAGGCUAUAAUGAAAAGAAAAGAAGUUGCUUUACAGCAGAAGCUGGAUGAGCAAAAUGGAAAACUGGAGACCACUCCAGUUAGGAAUAAUGUACCAUCUCCAAGGAAAACCAUCCAGCAGAAGAAAGAAAGCCAUUUGCCAGAGAAAAAGCCUGUAAAACAGUUGCUUAAAACACCAGCAAAGAAUGCUGUGACACCUUCCAGGAAGGCAGUCCUUUCUGCUGAGGAAUCGACUGUCGAUGAGUCUCCUGUAAGAAGAAGUGGACGUGCCAUCAAGAAGAAGACCUUUGGUGAUGAAAUGCUUACUUUUGAUUUGAAGGAAGACAUUGCUACUGGCGAUGCUCCUGAGGAAGAGCAGGAGCAAGAGCAGGAGAGUGAGGAUGAUGAGGAUGAAGAGUCCCUUGAGGAUUAUGGUCAGGAAGACGACCCAGAUAAACUUUGGUGUAUAUGCCAAAAGCCCCAUAACAACCGCUUCAUGAUAUGCUGUGAUAAGUGUGAGGAUUGGUUCCAUGGAACCUGUGUAGGAAUUACCAAAGCUAUGGGUCACCAGAUGGAAGUAGAAGGCCAGGAGUGGGUUUGCCCAAAAUGCAAAAAAGCUGAGCGUGCCAUGAAAGGAGCAGCGUCACCCACAAAGAAGUGUGCGGUAGAAUCGUGCAAUAAGUCGCCAAAAGCUGACUCCAUCUACUGUAGCAACGACUGUGUUCUGAAGCAUGCACAAAUGUCCCUUAAAAUGUUGGGAAAAUAUGACAAGGACCUAGACGUCCAGUAUGUUGCAAAUGCAGCCACAAUGCCUGUGAAGAGUGAGCCAAGGGUUCUUGUGUAUGAGAAGUCAACAGGAAAAAUACUGACAGGAUCAGCAGCUCCCACACUUCGCCCAGCUGAGAAGACUAGCUUUGAAGCAAACACCCAGACUGUGCGGCGUUCUUCAGCCAGAAUGAAUGGGAGCUUCAGGGCAGUGGCUGACAACUUAAUGCUAAAUUUUCAAGAAAAGUACACGUUAUGGAUGUCACCCACCAAGAGGUUUGUGUACUCUUGGCAAGUCAUUCCCAUCACCUCAGCCUUUGUGGAAAUGCUUCAUGAUGGCAAGUUCGCAUCACCUUAA